AGCGCUGGUGUGGGCAGCGCUGAUACAGCGAUGCUACAGUUCGCCUCCUCCUGCUUCAGAGAAAGAGCGUCUCUCAUCUGAACAGCUUCAGCACUUCAUCUGGGCCUGUUUCCUUCCUACAGAGCUGACUUAUCAGUACAGUGGAGCUGCAGUUCGCUGACUUCACCAUCCACCCCUGCUUUGUCUGGGUGUAAUGCUUUGACGGACUGUUCCAUCAUCCACCCUCGAGAUGCAUAUGAAUAGCUUACUGAACCAGUGGACUGAGAUCCCCAGGAUGUGUGAGGUGGACGUGUCAUCAGAGCCCACCAGCCCCACUCUGUACGGAGAGUCAUCGGACAAGUACUAUCAUGUUGACCGCUGGCAGAAGCUGCGCACGGCUGUAAGAAAGCUGGAAUUCUGGGAAAACUUUAGCCAUGAGCUGAUUGGCAGCGGAUUCUUCUCCAAAGUGUACAAGGUGAUGCACAACAACACGCGUAAGGUGAUGGUGGUGAAGAUUUAUAAGAAUGAUGUUGACCAGGACAGCAUCGUGAGGGAGAUCAGCCUCUUACAGAAACUUUCUCACCCCAAUAUAGUGAGGUAUCUGGGGAUCUGUGUGAAAGAGGACAAGCUAUAUCCGAUUCUGGAGUAUGUCAGCGGUGGCUGUCUGGAGGAGUUGUUGGCUAGGAAAGAUGUUCCUCUUUGCUGGAGAGAGAAAGUGGACCUGGCCUCAGACAUCACACGAGGAAUGAUCUACCUGCAUUACAAAAACAUCUACCACAGAGACCUCAACUCCAAGAACUGUCUGAUAAGGGUGACUCCCAGAGGCAGAGAGGCUUUGGUCACAGACUUUGGCUUGGCCAGGGAGGUGGUAGAACUUCCUGUGAAAGACAGGAAGCUUUCACUGGUUGGCUCCGCCUUCUGGAUGGCUCCAGAGAUGCUGCGCGGAGAGCCUUACGACCGAAAGGUGGAUGUGUUCUCCUUCGGGAUCGUAUUGUGUGAAAUCCUGGCCAGAAUCCCAGCAGACCCAGAAAUCCUUCCAAGAACUCAGGACUAUGGUUUGGAUGUAUCAGCAUUCAGGAACAUGGUUACAGGCUGUCCACAGCGUGUAUUGGACCUGGCAGCCAGUUGUUGUUUGUUGGAAGCAUUUCGGAGGCCGUCGUUCACAGAGUUGCUGGAUGAGCUGUCGGAGAUCGCUGAGACCUUGGAGCCCCCCCCGCUCACUGAACUAACCACCGGCUGAGCUUCACACCAUCUCCACUGUCCCACCAGUCCCACAGAGAACAACCCACAGUUCUGUACAUAGACCUGAGCACAGCGUAAUAAUGACAUUGACUGCUCUUUCAUAUCGGGAUCUCUCAGGAUGGAUGAGCUCUGACUUCAAAGAAUGACUCUUCCGUUUGACUUGGAUAAUAUGAGCUGCAUAACAUACAGAGCUACAUCAGGAGACCAAAGGCAAUCUCGUUUAAAUUUGCAGAGAGAAUUUUCCUUUACAUUGCUAAGAAUACAGUACAGCACAAAAUAAGAUGCAGAUCUCAGAUCAGUUUUUUUGCCUUUCAGAUCCUAAUACUGUUAUGCAGAUAUAGAUGGAGGAGUUGCUGCUAAAUUGACUUAUGUAUUUCCAGAAUCAUUUCAUACUUCAUGAACAGCAUGUUUCAUGAACAAUACUUUUUCCAGAGUCGCUGUUUUCAAGCCUUAAACAGUCAGAUUUGUGACUCAGCAGCACCGAUUGUGUCGCACAGAUUUAUACACAUCCAACCAAAAGGAUUGUGAACUCUACAGAGAUGAUAACGAUGACGAUGGUCUGAUAAUGAUGUAAAUUGCUCAGAUCUACCAAGAUUGAAAGCUUAGAUGAAUCUGAUAUUUUUGUAUAUUUUUGUACAUACAGUAAUGUACAUAAGUAUUUUGGUACUAAAUCUUCCAUAUAGCUUUUUUGUAUUUUGC